UUGAACAGCGCCUUGGUUUCCAUAGGAAGCCACAGCCUUACAUCCGUGAUAUGGAGCUGACCAUCCUGGAUUAUGUGGGUCUGCCCGAAGGCAGCAUCCUCUCAGUACGCUCGGGGCCGACACGGCGGCAGAGCCCUUUACCGUGCUCAGCACCCUUUAGGUUGCCACCGGGCCCCUGGCCCCUGCGCAUUGACGUCCUUGGCCUCUUAGGGAAGACAAAUAACCAUGCAGUCCUGGGAGAUCUUUUGGAAGACGGUGUUUGCAAGAUGCCUUUGGAGGGCAGGGACGGGCGUCAGAUGAGUGUGACCUUUCAGAUCGGAGGUGAAACAAGGUCCAAAUCCUUUGCAGGCCGAUCGGGUCCGAAACGCGACGCAGAAGCAGAUGCCAGAGCCUAUUUGGACACUCAUCGACUACAUGAGUUCAUGCACGGCCUCUUCGAGCUGCUGCUCCGAGAACGUCCUGAGGAUCCCUACGAAUUCAUGGCCAAACGCUUUAGCCAGGCAGCCUCGAUGGAGGCGGCUGCCCUUAAGAUCUCUCAGAGUUCCGUUUCAACGGCCACACCCAGCUCUGCGUCGAUGAGCCUUUCUUCAAUGUCUCCUUCGCGGGAUUCACUUCUGACAGCGAUGGAGAGCUUUGGAGAAGUGCCUGAAGGCUCUUAUAAGGCGAUUUUUCAAUCUAUGCGUGGCCGGGACUUCGCUCGACUGGUGGUGGCACCUGGUGAGAAGGUGGGAUCCAUCAAGGCGAGACUGGAAAGCAGCACUUCGGCUCCCGUCUCGGCGAUCCAACUCUUUUGGCUGGGAGAAAUGUUGCCCAACGACACCACCCUGGAGGACUGGUUCGUUGAAGCUGGACCCGUAGUGCUUCACGUGGUUCUGUCGUAUAGGGAACCCAAGUUGCAGCACAUCCUCACUGGAGCCAGUGAAGGCGGCAUGAGACUUUGGAAUCCGGCGGAUGCCGAGCAGGUGAAGGAGCUCCCUUUGUCGGUGUCUUCUGCCAUUCUGGCCAUGUGCGUGGAUUGGAAGACGAUGCGUGUUCUGUGCACCACCUUCGAUGGUCGAAUGCAACUGUGGGACAUUGGCAAGUGUGAGUGUGUAAGCAGCAUCGUGGCCCAUUCCGAAGAGGCUUGUUGCCUCGAUGUCGACUGGGAAAACAUGCAGGCCUUGAGUGGAAGCACGGACGGCUCGGUGAAGCUCUGGUGUCUCAAGGACACGACCUUCCGAUGCAGCGGCAUCUCAAACUGCAACGUCACAGUGGAUUCUCUUGCUGUGGACUGGCCUGGGAAGAGGUCCUACAUUGGUUUGCGCAACGGAGUGGUGCGCUCUUGGGACUUAGCUUCUCAGGUGACGGCAGAUUUUGAAGCUGGUGCCACUGCUGCCAGGGAUGGCGGCACAGCGGUGUCCGGGAUGGCCAUUGAUGCCCUGGGCCGGCGUGCCGUGAGUGGAUUGGAGGACGGCCAUCUCAUCUAUUGGCAUUUUGAAGCACAAGGCGAUUGUGCAGAGAUCAGCCCACAGCCUUCAGCACCUUCAGCACCUUCACAGAGUCCGAAGGUGUUUUUGGCCCACUUUAGCGCAUUGCGAAGCAUUGUGGCGCAAUGGAAGGAUCACGGCAGUAGGGCCUUGGUUGGCUCGGACGAUGGCAGCCUAUCCCUCUGGCGCUUGGAGUCCGGUGAGUGUCUGGCUAGGUUUGCCCGGCACGUCGGCUUUGUUUGGGCCAUCCAUGCUGACUGGGCAAAGGAACGCGCCGUGUCGGGCACCUUCGAUGGCUGCGUGAAGAUCUGGGAUCUGCGAAGCGGGGAAUGCCUGCGGACCGUUCAAGGUCAUUCGAGGCCCAUUAGGAGCAUUUGCUGUGGCUGAGCGCCCCCUAUGCUCGGUUUGCCAUUUGUGCAGAUCGCUUUUUCAGGGAAUCUUGCUGGUAGGCUUGGGUUGAAAUGUUC